CACAAACAGACCCAUCGCUCCUCUCCACCUUGAUUCAAAACCAACAACUUCAUGAGGCGCCAGUGCUCUUCCUUUCACCAUCCUAUUUUCAUAUGGGGAAAAGUAAUAAAAUGAGAAAAUAUGAAAGAAAAAGAAAAGAGAGGACCUUUGUUUUGAAACCUGGCUAAGUCUUAGUGUUAUACAGCUUGAUGUUUAAUUUUGAAGAGGGCUGCACUUUGAUUUUAUUAAGAGAAAACAAAAAGGGAAGACCCUGGUGCUGGGUUAAAGGAGUGCUGCUGCAAAAUAUUUGUUUUACAGCCAGAUGGAAAGACCUCAGAUUUGAUUUGAAGAAGUUUUUCUCUGUGUACUUGUUAGAAAAAGAGAGCGAAGCUCAUGAUUUUAGUGUUGAGGAUCCUGGCUCAGUGCUUUUGUUUUACAAAGAAGACAAAAGAAUACUCAGAUAACACUUCUGAUUUCAUUUUUUUAUAUAUGGUAAAAAGAUGUUGGUUUUGGUUUGAGGGGUGCUCUUUCGUGACCCGUCUGUAAGAAAAAAGGAAGCAGGCCUUCAUUUCAGUUUUGUUUCACAAAAAUCAAGAAGAAAGUCCUUAGUUUGAUUGAAGGAGUGCUGUUCUGUUUUGAUGUUGUGAAUUAAGUGGAGAUGGCAUUUUACUCUUCCCAUAAAGGGAGUGCUGAUCAGCAGUUUUGUUUUUAGAUUAAAACAGAAAAAGUAUUUUCUGAUCAUGUGCUAAAAACUCAGUACUUUUCCUGUUACUUAGACCCUCAAAUAAGUCUGAAUAACAGUGAGAAAAAUUGGGAAAUUUUAGUCCAGAUGAUAUUUUCUAAUGUAUUUCGAAGUGAAUUUAAGCACAGCCUCUAUAUUCACACAUUUAAAGACUGACAUCAUUAUUUCCUCUCCUAAACACAGAAGUUUUAAUGUUUUAAUAACCAUUAUUAACUCCUUUGUCUGUAGUUUAUCAUAAGUAAAACUUGUGCUGAAAAUGUAAAGGAUAAGAAAAAGCCCUAUGUGUUUACAUGGUUGUGAUACUUGGCAAAUAUAUAAAAGAAACAUGAUUUAACCACAAAAAAUAUGUAUUUUUUUAUGUCAUGUUUAUAUUCAAAAUUUUAGUGAUUGUUAGACUAAACAUAGAUUUAGUUUCUCUGUACCUCUAGAGAGCAGUGAUAGUCUACGCCUGUAUUUCUACAAAAGAGAAAAGAAGCCCCCUGGGUAAAAGAUAUGGCAAAUGAAAAGAUGAUUUCAAAGGAACCAACAAACAGAGAGACUUCGAAUGUGAAUCUCUCCCUUUUUUGCUCAUUUUGUACCAGUAGGUGUCGUCGAAGUAUCUUACAGCUGGUCACAAACCGCCAAUAAAACCAAGAAGAAGAAAAAUGCCGGCCCGGAACUGAUGAAGCCGCGCUUCAGUUUCACACCAGACAAUUUGAAACUGUGGGACAGCAGCGGAAGGGCAAAGUAGUUGUAGCUUUAUAAUGAUAUUGUUGAAAAAGGUUGUUAAAUUAUUGUAAUCGAUGAUUAUGUGGGUCGCCAGGCGCUUUCUUUCGUCCGUCCCACAGAGAGGUACACAUUUGUUGAGAAAUAGUUUGUCGUUGACUUUCUGUCGAUAUGAGGUUUAAUUCAAAACUCAAACUAGAUUUGAACUAGACAUUUCCAAAACACAAAUACUGGGAUGUUUUUAGAUUAUUUUACUUUAACCGAAUCCUUUUAUAGAGAGUCUAAAAAAGAGAGUUAGAUCCACUCUUCAUCAUUUGUUGUUGUUUUCUGAUCAAACCUCACAGAUCCACUUCACUCCUCUUGUCUCUGUUUGUUUACUUCUUUAGGUCACUAUGUGGGACGCUCUGGUUUGUUCCGUCGUCCUCAGCAGGCCUCCCUCCCCGAGCUGGACCUCCAGUAUCUCCAGUGCACGUGCUGCUGGCGGAGCAGGGUCCCCGUGGCAGGCUUCGAGACCUUGGACACCACCUUCUCCUCCAGCAGCUCUGAGGCCUGCAAAGAAGACACCAGACCUCUGGAUGCCUGCUACACCUCUGAGCAACGAGACACCAUCCUCCACCGGCUCAACACCGGCACCCUGGCAGAGCUGGCCGGAGUCAAGCUGCUGAGGGGCAGGAAGUCCCUCAACAUUGUGGAGUACAGGACUAAAAACGGGCCCUUUAAAACUCUGGAGAGUGUGGUGAAUGUUCCUCUGCUGAAGCACAAAAGUGCAGUCACAGUGUUCAACUCCAUCCUCAACCCAGAGAAGAAGGAGAAGAAAGUGAGGAUUCAGCUCGCCAAGUUCAUCAGGCCGGAAAUUGACAGGUCCUGGCUGGAGGUGAGAGUCACUAUCACUAUGCGUGCCCUAGACCAGUGGUUCUCAACUCUUCUCACUCUGGGACCCACAUUUUCCCAUGGUCCUUAAGUCGCGACCCACUUUUAUAAAAUUCAAACCAGCAAAUUUAUUGUUUAUAAAAAAUAAAGUCUUUAACAUAAAUACACCCAUUUUAAUGAGUAAAGUGCAUUUCAGAGCACAUGAACUGAGGACGACAACUACUGAAGUUGCUUAUACAGAAAACAUUAAAACAUUAAAUAUCAAAUUGCACAAAAUAAAGACCACAAAAGAAACCGAGGAGGACCACGGCAUAACAUGUGCCUUUAAUAAGGUAUUUUUCUAAAUAAAAGACAUCUGGAACAUUUAAAUAUUUACUUUUUGACCAGCUGUUCGUGACCCAUCCAACCAGUUGAAAACCACUGCACUAGACAUUGUGUAUGAUAGAGCACUGAGGUCCAUCACCAAUGCUGAAGCCUUCACUCAUCAUUGUUUGCUGUAUGAAUGCAUUGGUUGCUAUUCCUCGUCCAUGCAUAAACUAAAACAUCAGCAAAUUCUUGUUUAUAAAUCAGUUUUAGGUUUUCUUCCAUGAUACUUCUAAACCUACAUCAAACAAAGAAGUACAGGAACUUAUAAACCCACGACCUCUUCUAUAUAACUGGUUUUGCGUUGUUGCACAUCCUGGAGGCAGACAUGCGGUUUAAUCAUCUUAUAAGUAGGGCUGGGCGAUAAAAUGAAAACGACAUAUAUUGAAAAUUAAUUUCCCUCAAUAUCAAUAUAAAACAUAGUCAACAUGCUUUUCAAUAGUCGACGUUCUGCUAUGUUUUGGUAGACUCUACAAAUAGCCAAUGAAAAGGGGAGUUGCUCCAAUCAUGUGCUGAAUUAUGCUGCGUUCAAGUUACCUCUGAAGUCAAACGUUGGAGCUGAAAAUGACGUCACACCCGAAUUCCGAGCGUUUCAGUUACCAAGUCGGAAAAAAGCAAAAUUUGGAGGCCUGAAACAAGAUGACUACAUGUACGAAAGUUAUUUUGGUGCUUGCCUUAUAUUUUGCCUUAUGACAAAACGUCGAAGAGACACAAAGACCUCGUAGAUGCAGUAGCUUAUUGUAUUGAAAAAGACAUGCUACCAAUAAGCACUGUUAAAUUUCAUGAUAUAUAUUGAUAUGGACUUAUAUGAAAAAAUACAGUAUAUUGUGAUAAACUUUUUUCCAUAUCGCCCAGCCCUAUUUAUAUGUUAUUAAAAUGUUGCCCAUUUAAGACAGAGAAGCAAUCUCCUAACACCAUGAUUGUUUUUGUUUCUUCAGGAUGCCAAUGAUGUCGUCUCUAUAGUAUGUGGAAGUAAUAAAAUUGCCUGGGCUCAUGUGGAUCGGGGAAUGUCUCUACUGGACUGGCGGCAGCUGGAAUGUCCAAAUUUCUUACGGGGCACAUAUAUGGCCUCUGCUUACUUGAAUGAUGUGAGUACAACCUCAAAAUCUGAAUUGUAAAACAGCAAUUUCUUGACUUCAUAGAGGUUUUAAUAACAGCCACUGGGAUUAAAGUUUGGAUAUGGAAUAUUAAUCCCCAUACUACAUAUUAUGUCCUCUCUCAUACUAGGUUUCCGCAGUUGUGACCCUCCUCCCAUCAGCAGACUUCUAUAUAAUAGAGAAAUCCUCCAUCUCAGUCCAGAAUACAGCUUUAUUCCCCAUCUUGGCCCACAUGAGGACCGUAGAGGCGAUGAUGUUCGCUCUGCUGGAGCCUCGAAACACACCACCAGACUCCAACAUUCCUCCCAGGUAGGACCUAGACACAUUAUCUUGAAGUGUGCUCAGACUUAGAUGUUUUUUAUUUUUUAGAGGCAGGGGCGCUGAAUUUAUUCCGCUUCCAUCCUUUACAGAGUUUUCAACAUGAUGCGCACCGCUGUCGGACGUCACUUUGGACUCAUGGUGGGCGAGUCGAGGACCAGCGGGGCACAGUUGGUGAGACAGCUGAUGACGGAGUCGGUGACACAGAAGCUCCCCAGGAUAAAUUUCCCCCCUGAGCUGCUAUUGAAGUACAGGGACGCUUUUAAGUUAAACACCAGGAGGGGAGGCGAGGAACUCUGUGAUGCCCUGCUUCAGGCUGUGGCUUUUUAUGAGCUGCUCAGUCAAUCGUCUAGUUAGCCCUCGCAUGGACCGACCUGCACCUUAGCCAUGGACUCAAACAUACCUCCAGAAUAAAACUCUGAGCCCAUUCAGGGUUUUACUCCCUCGGACAGAUUUGGUGGUGGUUUACAAUAUCAAAUGCUCUUCCUGUUACAAAACUCCUCACACCUGUUAUAUUUUCAGAUACUGAGUGUGGGGUUUCUUGGGUUUUAUCUGCUGUAAAAUGAUCCAUAAAGUAAUAGCUGUGAACAGUCUCACUGUUGUUUGAGGAUUUGUAAUCCUGCACUGCACUGUUUCACUCCCCACACACAAGUAUCUGCUUAAAGAAAGUGCUGUUUUUUUUUUACAACUACACAAACUACAUGCCUUUUUCUUAAGAUGGCUUAAAUUAAAGGCUCCUGGAAAAUGCAAAAUAAACUAUGAAAUAUGUGCAAAACAACCUUACAUAUUGGUCAUUAACAUCUUAAUAAAAACAUGUUUAUUUCAUAAUUUAAAAUAAUCAAUUUUAAAAAAUAGAGCUUUUAUUUGACUUUUUAGUGUUGUACAAACAUGUAAAAUCAUUCCCAGUACUCUAUCUAAGCAGCAAAGUCUUUCAGUUUAGAUUAAUAUGUGAAUGGUGAGGUAGUGAGGCUGUACUGACUUUUUACAGACUCUAGGAGAAAUCUUCAGCCAGGAGAUGAAGGAUGGACUUCGAGAGGUUAAGGCGGUUUCUGCUGA